AUAGGGUUGGUGAGACGGAUAAGAAGUGGAUGUGUCGCCAAGGAGAUCUUUGGUGGGCGAGAAUUCAAAAGGUAGAUCAGUGAUCGUAUGAUUUGUGCUUUCGCUUUGGUGGACAUCUCCGGAACUCAACUUAGUAGUAUGUCCUCGUGGGCAGACAAGAAAGCAGCCUCGUCUAAUCCUGCGGAUUGCUUUCUCUCUGAUUCUCUAACCCUUGCCGGAAUGGGAUCUUUGUGCUAUACGAUUCAUAGCUUUUUUUUAUUAGUAGACAUCAGAAGAUCUAAGUGCUACGUGAAGCUCAGUUCGCAGCUUUAGCAAACAAGUAAUAGAUAAUAAAGCCAUAAUGAAUGUGUGUGUGUGUGUGUUUGUGAGAGAGUGAGAGAGAGAGAGAGUUUUGGCCAAAUACAUGAAAGAAAUUUAAAGGCUGACGAUAUUGAAUCGGACCGAUUGAUGAUAUCAACUUUGUUAAGAAUAUAAAUCAAUAGAUUCUGUCUUGGAGAUGGAAUUCUUUCAUCCUCCCUUGGCUUCCUGCUGUUCUCGACAUCCUUUCACUCUCCGUAAUACCAACACCCCUCUCUGAAACUUCUUCCUUAGGGUGCAUCGAUCUCGCUUACUCGGAGGCAAUUGGAUGUGUUAGCUUGCUUUAGUUGGAGACGGAUCAUUAAUUCCUAGAAACCAAGGCUUAGACCUGAAAGAUGACAAAAUCCACGAGAAAAACACACAAGAACAAAGGAGGAUAUGCUCCUAGUGAGUAAUCCAAAGCUGCAGGCGGACACCGCAACAACAACAACAACACUUUUGUCCAUUUCUCCAUCCUCUGCCACCGGUUACUAGUAUAUGCAGCGGCGCGUGCAUCUUCAUGGUUUUCAUCAGUCUGAUCCACGACGAGAUGAGGAACCUCAAGCUGCUUAGCACCGGAAAGCACAAGGUAAGAGUUUCAACUCAAACGAAGAUAUACGUCUCACAAGACACCACAAGCACAAGCUUAUCACAUUCCCUACGGGAGGUGGAUUACAAGCAGAGACCUCCAAGUACAACCAACAUCAGCAAAACAGUGCCGGAAAACCUGGAGUUGAAGUCCGGGCUCGGAGAACACCAAUCGUUAUAUCCAAAUGAACAGUCUAAUUUUGAGAAGGAUCAGUUAGCUAAAAGCUCUGAUGUUGAGACAGAGUUCACAAGAGCUUCCGGUGAUGCUGAAAGGAAUAGUAGACCUUCUACUUCUUCUUCGGCUCAGUCUGCUGCUGCAUUCUUUGGAAACAUCUCACUAAGAAAUGAUUCUUCCAUCUUGGAAGCGUGUGAGAGUAUUGAUAGAUUAAACCAAUACCUGAGGCAAAGGAAGGCUGAUGUCGAAGCCGGUGUCCCAGGACAAUUCUUGCAUGCUGUGAUUGGACAAGCAGUUGCCGAUGUUGGAUCGGUUGUUUCUACGAUCGCUUGUGCUUUUUUCUUGAAUGAGACUCAAACAAGUAGCCAACACUGCGUGUUGCCGGUCAUCAACACCAAGCGUGCAGAUUUUAUGGCUCACUCAGAGCUCAAAUGGUUGCUUAAUUCAUGUCGAGUUGAUGAAUCAUCCAUAGUUUUUGUUGAUGAGAUUGACCUUUCGUAUCACAAUCGGUUUGGAAAUCUGAAGCUAGUACUGGUGAAUGACCACAAGCUUCCACUCAACAAGGAGGGGCUGAAAGAUGUACCGAUCGAAAUGUUCAACUGCAAAGAGGUUUGCUCUGAAAGUGCUUCUCUUGAAGAUGUCACCAUGAGUCAGGAUGGUUCAUGUUGUACUCUCAUCUCUGAGAAGUAUGCAGAGACAUCACCAGAAAUCCUAGCAGGGCAGGGAUUUAGCAGAUUGCUGCUAUCAGGAAUCCUUUUAGACACAAAGAAUCUGACUGGUGCCAACUGCACUGCAAAAGAUAAGUACAUGGCAACACUCUUGAUCAAAGGAGCCGGUCGGUUUGGAUGCAGUGGACUUUACCAGCUCUUGAAGUACAAAAUAUCAGAUAUAUCGGAACUUCAGGUGAGAGAUAUCCUCCGUAGGGAUUUCAAGAAAUGGAGUACGUAUUCAGGAAAGCAUAACAUACCCAACACUGGGAUGAGCUCAAUUGGUAUUUCAAUCGAAGAACUUCUUAAGCACGAGGAUUCAGCUGCGAAGGAGGUGAUUCAAUUUCAAGAGUCAGAAAAGCUUCGACUAUUUGUGAUUGUUUCAGGACACUAUGAUAGCCAGAAGAAUUUUAAGAGGGAGCUCUUGGUUUGUACCGAUACGCCAGAGUUUAUGAAGAACUUUCUUCGGUUCCUAAGCACCAAUGACACAGAUUUUCCACUCAAAUCUAUGAAUUUAGUGGAUCUGAGGCAUGAGCUAAGAGCCUUCGAGAUCAACAACAUGUUGACAUCAAGGAGAAGCAUCGAGCAGCUCUUGGAUGAAUUUGAUGGUGCAUUAAAGAAAAGAAUAGCAUUCCUUUCAUAAUGGAUGAAAACAUGAAUUCUACAGACAAAUUUUCCAAAGUAAUUUUACGCUUACACCAGAAUAAACCAUGUCUUUUUUUUUUUUUUUUUUUUGAGUAUCCAUUCUCUACUAAAAUAUGGGAUUGUUGGUUCCAAAAAAAAACUUUCUUAUUCUUUUCAACUAAAGGAUUCCUGAGAAUUAGGUGAUUGGUUGAAGGAGGAAGUUGCUUCUACAGGCUGUCAUUGCACAAAAUUUUGCUAUG